AUGAUGGGAAAGUCAGGGUGUCCAACUGUAAAGCUCUGCAAAUGCAAGCCUCCCAUUGUACAUUUUUCUUUGGGCAAUGGGAAAUUACUCAAGGUUUUUGAAUGGAAAUAUGACAUGAGUGAAAUUGUGUUCUAUAAAGAAAAAGGAAGAAGUGUCAUCCUCCCGGCCAUUCGCGGAUAUGCCACCCAGAAACCAGUCCAGCCCAGCCAAGAAGAUGACCCGCCCCCUUCCACGCUGCUCAAAGACUACCAGAACAUUCCUGGAAUUGAGAAGUUUGACGAUGUCGUGAGAAGACUCUUGUCUUUAGAAAUGGCAAACCAGAAGGAGAAGCUAAAAAUCAAGCAAGAGCAGCUGAUGAACAAGAUUGUGGCAAACCCUGAGGACACCAGUUCCCUGGAGGCUCGAAUUGUUGCCUUGACUGUCAAGAUCCGCAAUUAUGAAGAACACAUGCAGAAACAUCGAAAGGACAAAGCCCACAAGCGCUAUCUGCUGAUGAGCAUCGAUCAGAGGAAAAAGAUGCUCAAAAACCUCCGGAAGACCAACUACAGUGUCUUCGAGAAGGUAUGCAAGGAGCUGGGGAUUGAGUACACCUCCCCCGCUCUGUACCACCGGAAAGGCCACCGACGCUGGGCAGCCAAGAAGGCCCUGUGCAUUCAGGUCUUCCAGGAGGUACAAAAGCUCAAGAAGCAAAGAAGGGCCUUAAAAGCUAAAGCAGCAGCGGCCCGGAAACAGGGCCAGAAGAACCCAGAGAGCCCUUCCAAAGCUGGACCAGAGGCAAUCAAAGAAAACCAAUAAAUUGUAUUUGAGUUCUGAAAA